CUCUCAUGCUUCUUUCUGCUAUCAGGUUGCUAGAAAAUUUUAGGUUAAUUACACAGCGGCGAGUCCGGCGAGAGCACGGUGCGUCAAGUGCCAUAAACAGUUGCGGUUGGACGAUUUCACGGCGGUCAAAGAUACCGGAGCCCGGCGAUAGAACGAGUAGCGGUACGAUUAAAUGACAAGCAGCGAUCAUGGCAACGCCCACCAACGAUAAGAAAGCUAGAGUAAUCGUUUUGGGAGGAUGUGGCUUCAUCGGCCGUAAUCUUGUGGAGUACCUGCUGAACAACGACCUGGUGUCGUACGUGAGAGUCGUGGACAAGGUGCCGCCGCAGACUGCGUGGCUCAACGCGAAACACCAACAGAUCUUCGAGCACCCAUCGCUCGAGUUCCAAAGUGCUAACUUAAUUAAUAUAGCAUCUUGUCAAAAUGCAUUUUCCUCUGAUGAGCCUAUUGAUUAUGUGUUCAAUUGUGCUGGUGAGACAAAAAGUGGCCUCACAGAUCCGGUAUACAAAGAAGGUAUCUACAAAUUGAGCCUAAACUGUGCCCAACAAGCAGCCAAAAUUAAAGUCACUCAUUAUGUCGAGAUAUCAUCUGGCCAUGUUAAUGCUUCUGAAAAGAUCCCUCAUAACGAAGAGGAUAUUGGAGAACCAUGGACAUUUGUUGCAAAGUACAAGUUACAAGUGGAACAUGAGUUGAAGAACAUUCCAGAUCUGAAGUAUACUAUACUCAGACCAGCCAUUGUAUAUGGCUGUGGCGACAGAAAUGGUUUAGCACCGCGAUUAGUAGUCGGUGGGGUUUAUAAACAUCUGGGUGAAAUGAUGAAGCUGCUCUGGGGACCAGAUCUUCAUAUGAAUACAGUCCACGUGAGAGAUGUCGCUAGAGCUAUCUGGCACGUAGCGAACCGACCAGAAACAAUGGGCCAAACAUAUAAUCUCGUCGACGAGGGAGACUCCACUCAAGGUUCCAUCAGUGCCAUAGUCUCAGAAUUGUUUAACAUCAAUCAUGAUUAUUGGGGUACUACGCUGUCUACAAUUGCUGCAUUUAAAACUGACAUGAACCACGUUGUCGAAGAGGUGAACGAUAAACACAUGGGCCCUUGGGCUGAAGCUUGUAACAAAGACGGAGUAGUGAAUAGUCCACUGUCCCCAUACAUAGAUCAAGAACUUCUGUACAAUAAACACUUGUACUUAAAGCCUGGCAAGCUGACCAACACCACGGGAUUUACAUACCAAUAUCCUAAACUGACAAAAGAUGCUCUCAUAGAGGUACUUAACGAUUAUGUAAACAUGAAAAUCUUUCCACAUUCCUUGGUUCUGUGAAUUUUAGCAAUACACCGACUGCCGUAUUCGAAUAUCAAGAAGCUUUCGACGAUUUUGUAUAAAAGAUGCAUAUACAUACAUAUAUAGAUACAUAUGUGUGUAUAUAUGGAAGUGUUUCACCUUGUGCCUAGGGAUCUGUAUAAGUUAUAUAUAUACUCUAUUAUAUGUUAUACAUCUUUACUCGGUGUUUUACACGCCGAUAAUCAAUGCUGAAUGAGUUUAUAUAUACACAUAUAGGGAAGCGUAUGUAUAUUGUAAUGGAAUACGAAGAUUUCAUAGACGGGCCUAUUGCCAAUGUGAUAAAAUAGCAAUUAAUGUACUUAAUUUUAUCGUAGUUCCUAAAGUAACGGAACUGUUAUGCACCUUGAUGGUUGCUAGUCAGACAUUGACGUUUGAGAACGAUUCGGAAUAACGUUGAAGUCUAUAUGCACGAAGAUAAAUUAUAUCAAAGUCACCUAUAUAAACUAUAAGAUGUAUAAAUCGAUUUGGACGAAUGUUUUAAGAUGAUUACUUGUUUAGCCAAAAAAAGACGCUUUUUAUAUAUAAUCUUGUCAAGACUGUGGACUGUACUAAUGAAGUUGUUGAAGACCCGUGUACACCUAUUAUAUACAUACAUAUAGAAGGGAUCACCUCCUCUAUUCACCCACUGCAUUCCAACAUGUAUCUUCCACGAGCUGUGAGUCAAGUUGAGAAAUCUUUCUAUUCCAAUAGGGAAAAUAAUACUGUUGCUAUAACUUUACGAUAACGCGAGUAUGUAGGAUCUGUAAGAAAAGGAUUGUAUUAAACCAAGUACAAACACUGUUAGAAAUGGGCCUACGAGAGAUAUUAUGUUACAAGAUUAUUAUUCCUCAUCGAUAUGAAAAUGAUCAAACCGGUAGGUAGGUCUACACAUGAACUGUGCAUCGUAUGCACACAUUUAAUAUAUUAGAAAAAGAUAAGAAAAAAAAUUGUUACACGCCUGUAUACGGCAUUGAAUGCCAUAUGAAGAUAUUAGUUUACAAUACUAUAGUAUUAUACACUUUCGAUUCCACUGUUAUGUCAAUGUCGGGGUUUAUAGAUUCUUUGAUAAAAUAAAGUUGCUCCAUUUAUUGAAA